ACAGUAUAAAUAAUCCCCAUAUUUUGAGCUGCAAGCAUCAUGACCAGCUGAUAUUUCUUUCCUCAGCACCAGCUGUUCCCUAGGAGUGUCUGGCUGGAGCCAUACUAUCUUAUCAACAUAUUUUGGAGCUGUAUCUAAACACUGACAAAGCCUCUUGUGCAGCAAUGACUGUCGUAGAGGAAAAUCGUCCUUUUGCCCAACAACUAUCCAAUGUCUACUUUACGAUACUUUCACUUUUUUGCUUUAAGCUUUUUGUGAAAAUCAGCCUCGCAAUACUCAGCCAUUUCUAUAUUGUAAAAGGGAACCGUAAAGAGGCAGCAAGAAUAGCUGCUGAGUUUUAUGGACUUCCUCAAGAACAAGGUUCUUGGGCAGAUCGCUCACCACUGCAUGAUGCAGCAAGUCAGGGACGCCUCCUUUCUCUGAAAACUUUAAUUGCACAGGGAUACAAUGUAAAUGCUCUCACCAUUGAUCAAGUGACUCCACUACAUGAAGCAUGCCUAGGAGAUCACGUAGGAUGUGCAAGAAUUCUUCUUGAAGCAGGAGCAAAUGUGAAUGCUACAACAAUUGAUGGAGUGACACCCUUAUUCAAUGCAUGUUCAAGAGGAAGUGCAUCUUGUGUAGAGCUUCUACGGUAUGGUGCCAAAGCUCAGUGGGAGACAUGCCUCCCUUCUCCAACUCACGAAGCAGCUAGCAGAGGUCAUAGUGACUGUCUAGAACUGCUGAUCUCUUGGGGCAUAGAUGUUGACCAAGAUAUUCCUCACCUGGGAACACCUCUAUACGUGGCUUGCAUUUCACAGCAGAAACAAUGUGCACAGCUUCUGCAUUCAGGUGCUAAUGUACAGAAAGGAAAGUUUUUGGAAACUCCACUACAUGCAGCUGCAAAGCAGUCUAGUGCUGAAAUAGCAAAUGUACUUCUUGAGUUUGGGGCAGACAUAAAUGCCAAAAAUACAGAGUUUCAACGACCUGUAGAUGUAGCUUCUCCACGCAGUCUGGUGGAAACAGUAUUGCUUCUACAAGAAGCUACUCCAUGUUCUCUUUGCCAACUGUGCCGGCUAUGUAUCCGAAACUACAUAGGAAAAGCCAGGUUGCAUCUUAUACCGCAGCUCCAGUUGCCAACCAUGUUGAAAGAGUUCCUGCAGUAUAGAUAAAGUAGUGACUAAUUUUUAAAAACUUGGGAAAAAAGCCAAGUAUUUUACUAUAUGUUUCAUGUGUAAAACUGUUGGGAUGGGGAAGGGAGGGCAUAAACCAACAUUUACUUACUAAUAUAUAUCUCACAACUGAAGCUACAUUAUAAUCCAGUGAUAUUUGGGAUUCCUUGAGCAACCUGAUGCAGAGGGGCUAAUAUAAAUAAAAUAGAAUUUGCUAACACUCUUGAAAUUUGCUGUACACUUUAAUGUAGUGUUCACUGAUCAGCCACUUUAAUUUUACCUUUCUUUAGGGGCUUUUGUGAGGACUGUUCCUCACACAGCGGAUGUACAGGAAUAUGCAGGGAUUCCGGGGUCAUCCAGCUAUUUUGUCAGUUACAUCAUUUCCCAACACCCAGUGUAUUAUUGCUAAGGGAGUUUGUCCAUUUAAAUGCUGUUGCUCCCUGAGGAUCUGCUCUACUCUUCAUUCAUUGGAGGAGGGGGGGAUGCAGCUAGAGAAGAUGGGAGCUGCAGUUGUCAGGAGCAACAGGCUUUUUCAGUGGACUGGAGGCUGGAGUGGCAAUGAAGGUGUAACCCAAAAACUCUCACAGAAUGUUGUGUAAGUGAGUGUUGUGCAAUGCUCAAGACCUGUACAUGUGUUUAAGAUAUUUUGUUCACUGGCACAGAUGAAUUAUUGUUUGGUUUUGUUAUAUUCUGGUUCAAGGUGUCUUGUUCUGUGUGUAUCUAGAACAACAGGGUGUUAGAUGCACUCUAUAAAUAUAUAUACAUAUUGAAAGAAAAUAAAA